AUGGGAAUCUCUGGACUGCUACAGUUCAUCAAAGAUGCAGGAGAGCCCAUCAGUGUGAAGAAAUACAGAGGCCAGACAGUGGCUGUGGACACCUACUGCUGGCUGCAUAAAGGAGCAUUUUCAUGUGCUGAGAAGCUCGCGAAAGGAGAACCAACUGAUCAGUAUGUGUGGUACUGCAUGAAAUUUGUGGAAAUGCUGUUGACCUUCGGUGUCAAACCAGUGCUGGUGUUUGAUGGACGCAAUCUGCCAUCCAAACAAGAGGUGGAGAAGGCUCGCAGAGAGCGCAGAGAAGCGAACCUUCAAAAAGGCCGCCAGCUGCUACGUGAAGGAAAGUUGUCUGAGGCCAGAGACUGUUUCACUCGCUCUGUUAACAUCACUCCAGCCAUGGCUCAUAAUCUUAUUAAGACUGCAAGGGCGAGAGGUGUGGACUGUGUGGUGGCUCCAUAUGAAGCUGAUGCUCAGUUAGCUUACCUCACUAAAUCUGGUUUUGCCCAGGCUGUCAUCACAGAAGACUCUGACCUGCUGGCAUUUGGCUGCAAAAAGGUGAUCCUCAAAAUGGACAAGCAGGGCAACGGCCUGGAGAUAGACCAAAGUAACCUGGGCCGCUGUCGCGCCCUGGGCAACGUUUUCACAGAGGAAAAGUUUCGGUACAUGUGCAUCCUCUCUGGCUGCGACUAUCUGGCCUCUCUGCACGGCAUCGGCCUGGGCAAAGCCUGCAAGCUGCUUCGGCUAGCCAAAGACCCUGAUAUCUUGAAGGUGAUCAGAAAGAUGGGCCAGUACCUGAAGAUAAGUCUGGUGGUUCCUGAACAGUACAUCGAGGGAUUCAUCAGAGCCAAUAACACCUUCCUCUACCAGCUGGUCUUCGAUCCUGUCAGGAGGAAGGUUGUACCCCUCAACCCAUACCCAAAGCAUGUUGACCCAUCCACCCUCAGCUACGCUGGACUUAAUGUAGGAGAUGACAAAGGCCUGCAGAUGGCUUUAGGAAACCUUGACAUCAACACAAUGGAGAGGAUAGAUGACUUCAGCCCAGACAAACCCAUUCCACAGCUAUCUAAAACUCGCAGUCAACGCUGGAAUGACUCACCAGCACCCAGUGGGCCGAGUAUCUGGAGCAGAGGCUUCAAGCCAGCCCCUGCUGCCCCACCAUGCUCAACUGCUUCUCCAGACAGGCCUCCCUCCACCAGAGGGAAGGUGAGAGUCAUCAGCCCAGAGGACCUGAGGCUGCCCUGCAGAGAGCUGCAGGUGAAGAGACCCAGGGACUCCAGUAUCUCAGACCAGGAUAUGCUGCAGCAGUACUCCUCCUCCAGUCAGAAACGAUCUCGGUCAGACCAGCAGCCUGACAAGCCCACCUUAACCUGUCCCUCCCUGCCACGCAACCGUUUCGCUACCCUGCUGCAGAGGAGGAACCAGGAGGCUGAGGGGGAUGGCCAGGCCACACGCAGCAGAUUCUUCAGUUCCAGUUCAACAGUCAGUGUGAGCCCUAAGCAUUCUGCUCAGGAGGAUUCACAUCACAGUGUGGAGCCCACAGCUGUCAGCCCCAUGCAGUCCCAGUCCUCUCCCAACACCCAGACUGAUGACAGUGAUGGUCCCAGUGUUCCAUCUGUGGACCCCCCCAUCCCAUCUCCAUCACCUAGAACUCCGUCCCCCAGUUCAGCCAGUCAAGGCCUCAGGCUGUUCCACUGGUCCGGUAGCUCCUCUUACAGUGAACAAUCAAAAACACCUCAGGGCAACUCAGGCCUCGCCGCCCUGCAGCACUUUGAGUAUAAGAAGGAGAGUUUUUCCUCUUCUGCAAAGACCCACAGUCCCUCUGGAGAGGAAUCAUCCUCAUGUCCAUCCUCCACUGACAGAGACCCAGAGGAGAAGUACAACCUCCCAGACUCCCCUCCGUCCCAGGAUAGUGCCUAUGGCUCCCAGUCCCAGCCAUACCUUGCAUCCUGCCACAAAGAGCAAGUCCGCACCGAAAGUUUCCACUCCUCCCACCAGGAGGAUGCAGUUUCUGAAAUGAAUUCACCCAGCGAUUCAGAGCCAGAGCAGAGUCCCACACACCCAGCUAAGAAACCCAGCACUCUGAGAGCAAAUGUCUCAGGUCUGUCAAAGCUGAAGUCCAUUAGCCCGGGUCAAGCAGCAAAGGUGCAGAUGUUGGGCCCAGCCCGGGCCAGUGGACUGAGGAAGAAGUCUCUGGGCUCUGGGAAGAAGAUCUCUUCUGCCAAUAAUGAGAACAACCCUGGUGUCCAGACCACCAUCAGCAGCCUCUGGAAGAACUUCAGCUUCAGAAAAGACAGUCGGAAGAUGACUUCCUGUAAGGAGGGAAAGACAAAGCCCAUGUCUCCAGUCAAAGAAAACCUGCUGACCAGCUCAGCUCAGACAGACUCUCACCUAAUCACCAGCUUCUGAUGAUGCUUUGAAUGUUUGAGUGCUGAGCGCUCUG